GCAGUUAGUCGCGCGCUUGCUUCCCCAAGAUGGCGGCGGCUAAGGACAGUUGUGGUUUAGGUGAAGUGGCAGCAGGGAACGGACGGCGGCUCCACCUAGGGAUUCCUGAAGCCGUGUUUGUGGAGGAUGUAGAUUCCUUUAUGAAACAGCCUGGGAAUGAGACUGCAGAUACAGUGCUAAAGAAACUAGAUGAACAAUACCAGAAGUAUAAGUUUAUGGAACUCAACCUUGCUCAAAAGAAAAGGAGGCUAAAAGGUCAGAUUCCUGAAAUUAAGCAGACUUUAGAAAUUCUAAAGUACAUGCAGAAGAAAAAAGAGUCUACCAAUUCACUGGAGACCAGAUUCUUACUGGCAGAUAAUCUGUAUUGCAAAGCUUCAGUUCCUCCUACUGAUAAAGUGUGUCUGUGGUUGGGGGCUAAUGUAAUGCUUGAAUAUGAUAUUGACGAAGCUCAGGCAUUGUUGGAAAAGAAUUUAUCGACUGCCACGAAGAAUCUUGAUUCUCUUGAGGAAGACCUUGACUUUCUUCGAGAUCAGUUUACUACCACAGAAGUCAAUAUGGCCAGGGUUUAUAAUUGGGAUGUAAAAAGAAGAAACAAAGAUGAUUCUACCAAGAACAAAGCAUAAUGAUGACAAUUAAAAAUGUGGUUCAGUUUUCCAAACAUGUUAUUCUAAAUACCCCAAAGUUUAUCCUUAAAGGUUGAUGUAACUUUGAAUGAUUUCUUAACAGCAAGAAUGAUAAUUAAAACUUUAAAAAAAGAUAAACCAUUUUAUUUAUAAAAACAAAAUUAGUUUCAAAUAUUUUAUGAAAUUAGAAAUAUUGUAAUUUUUUUCGCAUUUCCAACAAAGUAAAUGCUGCUUUUAUAUUUGUUUUUUAGUCAUAAGAAAAGUCCUACCUGAAAUGGCUUAAAACUGUGAGGUAUGCUAUGGAAGCUGAAUUCUGGACACUUUAGCACGUUUUACUUUUUCUCUUUUGGCUGAUGUUACUCUCACUUGAUGUGGUUAAACCAGUUUAGAAGUAGGAAAAACAAAUCAGUUUGAGUGUUUGCAAACUUGUUUUUCUUUAGUACAUGUGGGGCUUUAUGAUCCUUUGUUACAGUUAUUUGUCUUAUGUAAGUGGAGUUUCACAAAUUACUGCUUAGCCAAUAACUAUUAUAAUAUUCUGUACUUUUCAGGAAAUGGUAAUUUGCCUUCCUAAACAGUAAGAGGGCUAUUGAGACAACACUUUUUCUUACCUCCUGUAAGUGUACAGUGUCUUUGCAAUGCCAACAUAAGGGAGAUCUCAGCCAACAUGAAAUAACAAAAUUACCCACUCAAAACCCUUGGCUAAGCAAUUUUGUAUUUCUUAACAGUUCUCCAAAGCAGCUGAACAGGAAUAUUAAGAUAAAUAUAAAUCUGCAGUGGUUGAAAAGACUUGUGAGCUUUUUUAUUCAUGAUCAAACCUCAUAGGAAUAGUAGAAAAUCCCUGUGGAAAGCCAUUGGUGCAGUGGUUCAUACUGGGUGUUACAGAUUUUGGUAAAAACACAAAUGUAUUAUUCCGUCUCCAUGUAGUAAAAAGUAUACUUGUACAGUGUUUUGUACUUGUAUUUCAUGAUGUUAAAACUGUAGCAUGGCACCUUUUUUCAUGUUAUCCUUUCUAAAGUUAACAUGGGUCUGUUCACAUAUUUGUAAAGUUUAUUUACUUGCACAUACACCUACUGUGUCCCAAGAAUUUCUUAUGUCUGUAGAAACAACAUAAAAUCCCUUUAAAAGGAAUACAGAUAGGCAAACAAUUAAGGCGUUAAAUCUGAAUGAUACCAAAGUUCCUCGAGUCAGUUUUUGUUUUAUAAUUUUAAAUUCUUGUAUUUUAGAAGUUGAGGUUUAUAAACAUCUUGCGAUAUUAUAAGUGCAACUUUUCCCCAAACUUUAUUAUGAUAAGUAUAUUGGUACAAAAUGUCCCUGUUCAUAUUAAGACAGGAAUGAUUUGCUCAGAAGAUCUUUAUUUUGUCUUAGUUUAAGUCCCUGAAAAUCUAAAUAGAAUUUUUAGGUGUUCCAGGUAAUAUGAAGGAAUGCAGCUUUUUAGAAAUAGGAAUUACAGAGCAAAAUUAAUUUUUCAACAAAUAUAUAUAAACACCCAGUGUGUGUCAGGAACAGUAUUAGGCUCUCUGUUAAUUAAAUAAAAGAAAGAUAUUUAAAUCUUG